AAGUCACACAUGCUGCACCAAUCAGCAGGGCUUGCGGGGGCAGAAAGCCGGUAGGCUACAACUUGGAAACUAUUACACUCAUGACACAGGACGGACGAACAGACGGACGGACCAGAGCCUCUGUUUCUGUUGGAUCACUGGAUUUCACCUGUGGCAGCGAGCGGCUAAUUGUCCUUCUGAGUUCUCAUCGUGUCGAUGAAUGCUGACAGACAGAUGGCCAUACCCAGGAUGUUCGAUUGCAACACACCGUUCAUCAUUGUGGCCGGCGAUUCUGAGCUCUCAUUUCUCGGCAAAGAGGAUGGCAGCCAGCAGGGUUGUGAGGAGGAGAAGGACUCAUUGGUCCAGGCCAUCGCCCCCCAUCUGAGUCGGGUGAUGCAGCACGGCACUGCCAAGCAUGUGUUUGCUGAGGGGCCGGAAGCAUCAGAGGAGGAGAAAGGCUGUGUCUCCAUAGUCGCACAGGCUGAGAGAGAAGACUUCCAGGAGUUCAGCCCUACCAACACUCAGUGUCCCUUCUCCCGAGCUGAGCAUCUCCGAAAGACCAGCAGGUCUCCCAGUAAAGAAGCUUCCCCCAUGAGUGACACAGAGGAUGAGGACUUUGAUUCAAUCACCAAACUCCAACACAAGCACCGCCAGAGGAAACAGCGACGGAAAAUCAGAGGCAGGCAGAUCCAGGAGGAAGGAGAACAGGCUCCUGUUAUCAGAGGCUUCUGGGUUCAGGAGAUUGACUGGCUGAAGUCAUCGUCGGUUGGGCUCAUACCUCCUCCUCCUCAGUUUACUGACCCCAGCGACCACAGAGACCCGCACCCUCACAUGUAUGGAGGCUGCGCAGAUGUGCGUGACCCCGUGUGGAGGCUGGCGCCAGUAUCGGAGGGCCGGUGUAGAUCGAUAGAAGUGGACGACACAUCCAGCAGCGCUGAGAGAGGAGGCUCGGACUCCGAGUGCAGCCUGGAAUACGAAUCCAUCUGCACUCAUGACAGGGAGUCUGACUCAUCCUGCAGUGCAAAGGCACCAGAUCAGUUUGGAGCUAGCCUGUCGAACUCGACCUUUGACCUGAUGCGUGUGUCUGGAUUCAACGCAUCCUCCCAAGCAGAGUGGGAUUCUGACUCUACAGGCCAUGUGCAAAGCCUGCUGGGAGUUUCUGAUUCCGAUCACAGCUCGGGGAAUGCGUCCCAGUAUGCGUUGGAGUUCGAAGACACAAAUGACUCAGUUUUUGAUGAACUGAGAGGCAGAGUGACGCGGAUACCGAAGCUCUUUGUUUCAGUUUUCAGAAAUUUGAUCAAACAGAUUCUGAACGACUGGAAGACGACCACACCUGCCAAUGAAGGACUCAUAUUUCAUCAUCAACUCGAGCCCAGCUGUUCCAAGUACAGGGAGGGAGAGGAGUACUGUAUCCUUCACCACAUCCAGAACGGAUCAUACGGUGACGUGUUCUGUGUUCGGGACAAAAGCACUGGAUUCAGAUGUGCUGCCAAGAGGAUUCCACUGAGUCAUUUCAGCGGAGAGGAGGUGAGCACGUGGAGUGCUCUGAACUCCCCUCGUGUCGUGGAGCUCUUUGGGGUUGUGAUGGAGGGGCCGAAUGUUGUCCUCUUCAUGGACCUUAAGCCAGCUUGUCUGGCCCAGCUUCUGAAAGACAUGACCUGCCUACCUGAAGAUCUGGCCCUGCAUUACCUUCAUCAGUCACUGGGGGCGCUAGAACACCUGCACCAUAGGAAGGUCCUUCACCUGGAUGUCAAAGUUGACAAUGUGCUGCUGUCUGCAGACUGCCGAGACACAUUCCUCUGUGACUUUGGUCUCUCUGAGGCUUUAGACGACAGAGGGUGGAGCACCAAAGCGUUCAGGGGAGCGGCUUUUCCUGGCACAGAGACCCACAUGGCACCUGAGGUGGCGCGAGGGGAUCGACUCUGUGCAAAGGCGGAUGUGUGGAGCAGUUGUUGUAUGCUUCUGCACAUGCUGAAUGGAUGCCAGCCAUGGAUACGUUACUAUUCCCAUCCGCUGUGUCUUCAAAUUGUCAACGAGCCUCCGCCUUUGUGGGAGGUGCCGUCCAACUGUAACAACUUUACAGCCAAAGUGUUCAAAGCUGGACUCCGAAAGGACCCGGACAGACGGGCAUCAGCAAAGGAGCUUAGGAGGAAAACCACCAAGGCCCUCAGAGCAGUUGGAGGGUUGAGUCCCCUGUCCGUCAAAACAGCCUGCGAUAGGCUGUAUCAUGGUCAGAGACACAAGGAAGACUCUCCCUGCUCUUUGUCCCCUGAAGUCCCCUUCACCCCAAAUAAACCAUCAGCUGCUGCCUCAUCGCCAGCUGUGUUCUGGGUGAGCCCCUGGAGAACUACAGCGGUGGAUGAGGACAGCAGCGACUGGGCAGAUGGCGACUCAGACCAAUACUCUGAAGUGGAGACGGAUUCCUUAACGAGGGAAUGGAACUCAGAGUCAGAGUCACUGUGGGAGGAUUACGCCUCAGAUAAAAAAGACUGGGAGAUUGACUCUGACUCAGAAGUUGAUAUUUACAUGGCAGAGGAGGAAUAUACCCCGGAGAAGUGGCGGAAGACCGACAAGGACUAUGAGGGGGACUGGGAAGAUGAGGAAGAGGUAGAGUGGGACUCUUCACUGUCCGGACUGUCCACAGAGUACCUUCAUGCCCUCAGAGGAGUUUUCCCUUUGCUGCAGAAAGGCCAACAGACAAAUGACGAUUCAUGGGGAUCGGAAGCUGAGCUGGAAUACCUCAGAGACGAUGUACCUAUUGGCACCACAAUCCAGACCCCUUCCCCUGAACCUCGAGAUGAGCCCCCGUCCUGUUUCAGCUGCUCUGACUCGUCGCAGAUAGAUGCCUCAGACGGCUCGGAUCAUUCAUCCGAUGACCUCAGCUCUGGCGUCUUUUCUUCCUGCAACAGUCAGGCGGACGGACACUUGGAGUGGCUGGCUUCGGGCAGUCAGCCAUCCUCGUUCUGCUUUGAGGGUGUUGACGUCUGGAUUGAGAACGUUCAGGGCCAGUGCCUGAGGAUUCGUGAGCGGCGGAAGGUCAAAGUGGGUCACAUUGCUAUAGGAAUCAGUGAUCAGAUCUCGGGGAAAGCCUUUACUUUGGAGACGCUGGACAGAAAGACGGUGUCCUUUGACCAGGAGAUCAAAGAGUCCGGUCUGUGGCUUCGCUGCGUUCCUGCUCCGGACAGAUGUCAGCGCUGGAGGUGGAGGGUCAGAGACGGCAAGCUGGAGCUUCAAGAAUGAGGCGGAUGUUUUUUGCUACUGCGCUCCGUUAAUUUGGUUGUCGUUUGCACUAAUUUUGUUGCUGGGGAAAAAAAACUGGAAAGCCACUUUCUACACAUAGAUCCAAGACUACGGUACAAACCUUCCUCUGGGAUUCUACCCACUUCAUUUCAUUCACGCUGCCAUUCUUCUGCUGGAUUCAGAGCUGCAGACAGAGGACGACUCUGGCCUUUACAUUCAUGAAACCACGUUGAGUUUAGUUUUGUGAAACGCCACAUCAAAGCAAAUGAAUGCUUCCGUAUCCAAGCUACCUGUACAGUUCAAGACUUGAAGGAAGUUUGUGAUGUUUUAUAUCUUAAUAAAAAACAAGCACAUGUGACGGUUACAUGAUCUGUCCAAAAAGUCUUUCUUCCCUUUCUUUCUUUCUUUCUUUCUUUCUUUCUUUCUUUCUUUCUUUCUUUCUUUCUUUCUUCUUUCUUGUCCUACCUUCUGCCAUUGUUUCCAUCCUCCUCCCUUCCUGCUUUUCUUCCUUUCACUCUUCCUCUCUUCCUUCCUUUCUCCCUCACCCCAACAAAAAGAGUUAAUAAAAUAUAGAAAUUGAUUGUUUUGGCUACCACCUCCUAAAAACAGAACAAAGAAACUGCAAUGAAAAGGGGUUAGAGUCCCAAAAACGGAUGGAUUAUAUAGUGAAGCAGCCUACAGAUGACAGGCUCACUCUAGGGCCACAGCGGCCUUGGUUUAGAGAGUUCAUUUUAGUCAUUUUGCAUUUUGCUUUGUAAUCGGUUUGGGUCUAUUACGAUUAUUUUUAUCUCCCAUGUGAUUGGUUAAAGUCUGUUAUAUAUUCA